AUGUGCAUCCCUGCUCACCCGGGACACUACACUGUGCAUCCCUGCUCACCCGGGACACCACACUGUGCAUCCCUGCACACCCGGGACACUACUCUGUGCAUCCCUGCACACCCAAGACACGACACUGUGCAUCCCUGCACACCCGGGACACGACACUGCAUCCCUGCACACCCGGGACAUGACACUGUGCAUCCCUACACACCUGGGACACGACACUGUGCAUCUCUGCACACCUGGGACACGACACUGUGCAUCCCUGCACACCCGAGACACGACACUGUGCAUCCCUGCACACCCGGGACACGACACUGCAUCCCUGCACACCCGGGACAUGACGCUGCAUCCCUGCACACCUGGGACACUACUCUGUGCAUCCCUGCACACCCAAGACACGACACUGUGCAUCCCUGCACACCUGGGACACAACACUGCAUUCUUACACACCCAGGACAUCUCUGCACACCCAGGACACGACACUGUGCAUCCCUGCACACCCGGGACACGACACUGUGCAUCCCUGCACACCCAGGACACAACACUGCAUCCCUGCACACCCGGGACACGACACUGUGCAUCCCUGCACACCCAGGACAUGACACUGCAUCCCUGCACACCCUGAACACGACACUGUGCAUCCCUGCACACCUGGGACACGACACUGCAUUCCUGAACACCCAGGACACGGCACUGCAUCCCUGCACACCUCUGACACUAUUCUGUGCAUCCCUGCACACCCGGGACACGACGCUGUGCAUCUCUGCACACCCGGGACACGACGCUGUGCAUCCCUGCACACCCAGGACACGACGCUGUGCAUCCCUGCAUACCCAGGACACAACACUGCAUCCCUGCACACCCGGGACACGACGCUGUGCUUCCCUGCACACCCGGGACACAACGCUGUGCUUCCCUGCACACCCGGGACACGACGCUAUGCAUCCCUGCACACCCGGGACACAAAGCUGUGCUUCCCUGCACACCCGGGACACGACGCUGUGCAUCCCUGCACCCCCGGGACAUGACUCUGUGCAUCCCUGCACACCUGGGACACGACGAUGUGCUUCCCUGCACACCCGGGACACGACGCUGUGCACCCCUGCACACCCAGGACACGACGCUGUGCAUCCCUGCACAUAG